AUGCCAUUUACGCGGAAGCCGAAGAUUGAUGGCAUCGAACCUGAUAUUGCGGUUGGGGGCACUGAGCCCUUUGGUCUCAUGGAGGUCAAGAACGAGGUCGGCUUGAGCGGGGAUGCUUCAUUGCAAGCUGGUUUAAUGUAUGCUAGAAUUGUGACGGAAAUGAUGGGAAAGCAAUCAAACUGCCCUGCCGUUCUCAUUGGCGUCAUGGGGGAUCUCCUGGAGAUUGCGAUUGCUACCUACACAGAUGGCCCUUAUAUCGACUGUCUUUUCUCCUACCAGCUGUGUUUAGGCUUCCAUGAGCUCACUGUAGUCCCUCGUGUGGCUUGUGUCUUCAAGGCUGUGAAAGAGGUGUUUACAGGGCUAGAGCGGUUCUACUCGGAAAUCGACAAUGUGCCGCCACCGCUGGGGAUCUCCUACUUGUUUCUGGUUGCCGCCGCCUUGCCCUUCUUACGAGCAUCUCAUGCCGCAUCUGAAAUUCACUGGCCGAUUAUCCGUCCCGGGUAA